UUUCGGCGGCGGCGGCGGCGGCGGCGGCGGCGGAAGAUGGCUGCAGCUGAGCCUGCGGACCCUCUGCUGAUGCUCGGAGUCGGGCUGAUCGAAAAGGACACAAAUGGAGAAGUUCUGUGGGUGUGGUGUUAUCCUUCCACAACAGCUACUUUAAGGAACCUACUGCUGAGAAAAUGCUGCCUUGCAGAGGAAAACAAACUUCUCCAUCCCUUCGUCUUUGGUCAGUACAGAAGAACGUGGUUUUAUAUCACAACAGUUGAAGUUCCAGAUUCUUCCGUUUUGAAAAAGGUGACUCAUUUUUCUAUUGUUCUGACCGCCAAAGAUUUUAAUCCAGAGAAAUAUGCCGCCUUCACUAGGAUAUUGUGUAGAAUGUACCUGAAACACGGGAGCCCAGUUAAGAUGAUGGAGAGUUACAUCGCGGUUCUCACAAAGGGGAUAUGCCAGAGUGAAGAAAAUGGCUCUUUCCUUAGCAAGGAUUUUGAUGCCCGAAAGGCAUACCUUGCAGGCUCCAUCAAAGACAUUGUAUCUCAGUUUGGAAUGGAAACUGUUAUCUUACACACAGCACUGAUGCUAAAGAAAAGAAUUGUUGUCUAUCACCCGAAAAUAGAAGCUGUCCAGGAGUUUACCAGGACUCUGCCUGCCCUGGUGUGGCAUCGACAGGACUGGACCAUACUUCACUCCUAUGUGCACCUGGACGCCGAUGAGCUGGAAGCCCUGCAGAUGUGCCCAGGUUACGUCGCUGGAUUUGUAGACUUGGAGGUGAGCAAUAGAUCAGACCUGUAUGAUGUGUUUGUGAAUCUGGCAGAUAGUGAGAUUACCGUUGCCCCGCUUGCAAAAGAGGCCAUGACAAUGGGCAAACUACAUAAAGAAAUCGGUCAGUUAAUUGUCCAGUCGGCGGAAGAUCCAGAGAAAUCAGACAGUCAAGUUAUACAGGAUAUAUCCCUAAAAACAAAAGAAAUCUUCACCAACCUGGCUCCAUUUUCAGAAGUUUCGGAUGAUGGAGGAAAGCGAGUGCUCAAUUAUGAGGCACUAAAGCAAAGACGAUUUCCACCAGCAACAGAAAACUUCCUCUACCAUCUAGCAGCUGCGGAACAAAUGCUGAAAAUCUGAUGGUGGGAUAGAAUGUAUCACUGAUAACUGAUCUAAAGCCCUAGCACCAUGAUUAUCCGUUAACUGUGUAAAGUACUGGAAAUAACAAAGAAAAUGUUAUAUUUUUAAUGAUUUAUUUGAAAGCAUUGCAAUUUGACCUGAAAAAGCACUGAAACACAUAUGAAAACACUUCCGAUUUCCUCCUAUCUGAUUAAUUUCAUGCCUACUCUCAAUGUUUACAAAGUGCUGUAACCACCUAUAUAUAUAACAUUAUAAAACAGCCUGAUGUCCCGGAGUAAGAGCAGAACAACUCAAGUUCUCCUGCAAAUCACAGCAAAUCCAAAAGCCUUCAUUAUUAUAAGUUCCAGUUUGUCUCAGUGUGUAACCACAAACUAAUGGUUUAUUUUCAGAAAGCUGCCUGAAAUUUUGCUUUGUAUUCUUCUAGGAAGAACUUUAAUUCCUCAUGAGGAACUCUACUUUCUGAGCCAAACUACUAAGUUUUCUGCAGAACCGUCUAGAAGAUCAUUCAAAAGACCCGCAGUUGCACUUUCUUGUAAAAGAAUUUUUUUUCCCUUAGCCUUUGAACAUUUUGCCUAUAGUAUGAGGGUUCUGCAUAGAUUUUAUACUUGAGUAGACAACUUAAUAAUCCAUAUUUAUACUGUUGCAGAGGUAAGCAUUUGGCAAACUUAAGCCAUUAGUACUCUUUAAUUAACCCAGUUGCUAGCAAUGUUCUUUUGAAAAAGAUGCCAGUCCUUAUGUAGUAGAGUAAAAGAAGAAAGCCCAUUUGGAAUAUAAAUGUCUCUAUGGCUGAGACAGCAGCCUUAUGUAAUUGGUGAGAGACUGUGAGAAUUAACUUCUUGUAAAGGCCAAAACCAGAGAAUGUCUUCAAACAACGUCAGUAAAAAUAAUUUGGCCACGUAUGAAGGUAACCGUUCUUUGUUUAGUUAGGUAACUUUUUCAUAAUUGGAGACCUAGAAAUUGCAAAAUAAGCAUGGAGGUCUAAAUUAUGUUCUGCUUAUUAUAUGUAUUCAUAUUCAUUAUGAAAGGUUAUUUUUCACUCAGUACUGUUGUCCUUAGAAAUCCUACGCAGAAAAAUGUUUGCAAAAAAGCUUGUCUUUAUUGGAUCUUUCAUUUAUUCCUGGUGUUAGACAUUUGUUAGGGAAAAAAGUUUUAAAAUAGCCCCUCCUUGGGUCGGGGCAGGGGAGGAUUUGAAAUGAGAUGAUGUUUUACUGAGGCAAACAGUUGAAAAUUAAAUCUGCACUUUAUGGGAAUGAAUACUAACAUCUUUUUUGCCCGCGUUUUUUUGGUAUUACUCUAUUAGCUAAUGAUCAAAGUUGUUAAAAUGACAAAUUUAUGAUACAGAAAUAAAAUGAAAUAUUUUGAUACUCAACAGUUUUAGGCAUAUGAAAAGUUGUGCCCUCUUUCUCUAAUUCUCCCCACCGCAAACAAAAGAAAAAACCCUUUUUUGUCAACUGCAAGCCCACCGGGAAAUUAUCCAAAGACCGAUUUGAAAGUUAGGCAGUCUGGCUCCUUCCACCACUGGCUCAGCCCUUCUCUCUCUGCCCGGCCCUCCUCCACCCCGCACUUCCUGGAGCUGACUGUAAGGUCCGAGUGCCUUCUCUGAAAAGAUGCUCUCACAUUACUACUCAGUUAUCUGUCAGUGGCUGAACCUCCACUUGGAGCCAUUGCACAUUUUGUUAAGUUUGUUUAGUAUAAGCCUGUGGCUACAUGGAGCUGACUGAUACAUCCCUUUUACUGAUUUUGUCCUUUUAGGCUGUUGUGAAACAUCUUUUACCCAAUUUGGAGAUAACCGUCAUUGUGGCCUAGGGAAAACUGAAAGCCACAGGUGCAUUCUUAGAUGACUUGGGGCAGGGUGUGUUGGAAACAGCCCUCCAUCCAGUACGCAUACGUUUGGGUACCUACUCUACACCGUGGACUACGUAUCCUGGGGCUUCCUUGAUGCCCAAGACAACAGUUCCUGCUGUCAAGGUGCACAGUCAGCAAACGGGAUUGCACGCGGUGUGGCGAGUGCUAGGCAUGAUACGAGCACUACAGGAGCACAUUGGAAGGGCACCUAGUUCAGUACUGUGAAUCCUGGAAGGCUUCCUGGAGAAGAGUGAUUGACGUCCAAGUCAGACCUGAAUGAAACACAGGAAGGAGUCAGCCCAGAACAGAGGGAACAGCUGGUGGGAAGGCCAGAGAAGAGAGACCGCAGCACAUCCGAGGAACUGGAUGUCGGUCCAGAGUGAGGAGAGGGAGUGGCAAGAGAUGAAUAAGGUAAAGGCUCCCGCCUGCCAUGGCGAGGAAUCUGGACUGGAUCCUGAUGUACUGGGAAGCCAUUUAAGGCUUUUAAAGCAGGUGUGGUUUCGAAGAGCGGGCUGGAGAUGGACUGAUGAGCGACACCAGCAGGGGAUAUGCUGUUGGGCUGGGCGGUGGACGCAGAGGGGUGAGUUCUAGAGACUUAACAGACUCAGCCCAAUAGUGUUGAAUGGGGUGGGGCGAUGGGGGAGUAAGGCCGAGGCCAGUGAUCCUGUCUGACGAAACUGGUACGCGGUGGUGCCAUUCCCUGAGGCUGGGAGGGAAAGAUGGUCUCAAGUGGACAUCCAGAUGGCAAAGUGCAGGGGGCCGCUGGACGUGGGCCUGUUGGGCAGGGGAGAGCGAGCCCCACGACAGGCCUGCACAGGGGGCAGUGGCAGUAUGACCAGCAUCUGGGGGGCACGGAUGGCAGCAGUCUGAGCAGUGGAGGGC